UUGCCCAAAUCUCUAUGUCCCAAUUUCCUCUAACUAGUAACUAGUACCCCUCUUUUAUUUUAUUAUUAUUAUUAUUAUUAUUUUUAUUUUUCAGUUUCUUAUAGAGCGAGUUUUUAGUUUUUAAGGUUCUUAGCUGGAUCCGAAGACCCUUAAAAAAACCAUGCCUUGCUUCCGACAUUAACGGUCACUUUCUUCUCACUGAGGAGCUCUGAUCCGUACUCUGGUGGGAUUUUCGGUGAAGAAUCGCAGAUGUUGACGUGCAUAGCGUGCUCGAAGCAGCUCAACAAUGGAUCUAUGCACCGCCAAGACGAAGAAGAUCCGGUGUCCGCCGCCGCCACUCCCAGAACAAAGCAAGCCAUCAAGACUCUCACUUCUCAGAUUAAAGACAUAGCAUUGAAGGCUUCAGGAGCGUAUAAGAAUUGCAAGCCUUGUUCGGGAUCCUCGCAUGGAAACAGGAAGCAAAACUGCGCCGACUCCGAUGCCGCAUCGGAGUCGGCCAGGUUUCAAUGCGGGUACCGGAGAGCGGGAAGCUCGAAUUCGACGCCGAGGUUGUGGGGGAAAGAGAUGGAGUCGAGAUUGAAAGGGCUUUCGAGCGGGGAAGGGACGCCGGCGUCGGUGAGCGGCCGAACCGAAUCGAUUGUCUUUAUGGAGGAAGAUGAGCCCAAGGAAUGGGUUGCUCAGGUGGAGCCUGGUGUGCUCAUAACUUUUGUUUCAUUGCCUCAGGGAGGGAAUGAUCUCAAGCGGAUUCGAUUCAGCCGCGAAUUGUUUAAUAAAUGGCAAGCACAAAGAUGGUGGGCAGAAAACUAUGACAAGGUCAUGGAAUUGUACAACGUUCAGAUGUUCAAUCACCAAGCAGUCCCACUUCCAACCCCACCUAGAUCUGAAGAAGAGAGCCCCAAGAUUGAAUCCGCUAGGGACAGCCCUGCAACUCCCCCUCUGGGCAAAGAGCGCCUACCCCGCAACUGCCGUCCAAUGGGAAUGAACUACUCUUCAUCAGAUUCACUUGACCCAACGCAAUCACGUCUUUACAACGAGUCAGCAGCACUGGCUUCUACACCUAAACUUUCCAGCAUUAGUGGGACAAAGACUGAGACAUCUUCAGUUGAUGGCUCCGCGAGGACAAGUUCAUCUAGAGAGGCAGAUCGCUCAGGAGAGCUUUCGGUCAGCAAUGCCAGUGACAUGGAAACUGAGUGGGCUGAACAGGACGAACCAGGGGUCUACAUCACUAUUAGAGCAUUGCCGGGUGGAACUCGGGAACUUAGACGCGUGAGGUUCAGCCGAGAAAAGUUUAGCGAAAUGCACGCAAGGUUGUGGUGGGAAGAGAAUAAAGCAAGGAUACAAGAGCAGUACUUGUGACUUAUGGCAUAUCUUUGGGAUGGAUGUGCAUGAAAAACUUUUAGGAGUACAUGUGCCGUACCGUUGUACAACCUCAUGAAGAAAGCAUCAUAUGUCAACUGGGAUCCUGUUACUUACAUUGGUUGGAUACAUCAUAUAUCAUUGUGAAUUGUGGAUUUUUUUUUACUUUUUUUUUUUUUUCUUUCCUGGGUUGAUUAGCUGCUCAAGUCUUAGUGGGAUUGGGAAAAUGAAAGAUGGUGGGAAAUAUCAACUUUGUGACAGAAAUUUAUUCC